UUCUCUAGAUUCACGCUUACGUAUAUCUAAAUUAAGGAAUAUUUUUGAUUUGUUUUUAUAACAGGAUAAUACUAUUAUUGUCAAAUUAAAGUGUGCUAAAAUUAUUUUUUGUUUAUUUAGCGUAAACAAAAUAUUCAGUGAAUUUGUUUAAGCAGACUAACGUCUUUAGUGUAACAGAAAAACAAAAGUAUCAUAGAUCUUUAAGGUUAUAAAGACUUUGAUAGAAAAAUAAUUUUAUUAUUUUAUACACACAAAAAUAUAUAUUUUUGUGAAGAAAAAUGGCUCACUAUAAAGGAGCUGCCAGCGAAGCUGGUCGUGCCAUGCAACUCAUGAAAAAACGUGAGAUUGCACAGCAGGAAAUAGAAUUGAGAAAAAAGAAAAUAGAAGAUGAUCUGAAAAUUCAUAAUAUAGAAAACAAAUUUGCCACUCAUUACAAUGCAGUGGAACAGCAAUUAAAAACAUCUACCAUCGGUCUUGUUACCUUGAAUGAGAUGAAAGCUAAACAAGAAAACAUAGUGAAGGAACGUGAAAGAAAACUUGCACAAAAAGAACAAGAAAAGGAACAAGAAAAGGAAAGAGCACUAGCUGCAAAACAAGCAGAGAAAAAUAAACAGAAACGACAAAUACAAGCGUUAUCGUUUAAUUUGGAUGAAGAAUCUGAAGAAUUAGACGAUGAAUCGGAUGCAAAUUCUGAUAAGUCUGAAAAGUCAAAGAAUGAAAUUAAUGGACCAAUUAUUAAAAGAAUUAAGAAGAAUCCCGAUGUGGAUACAAGCUUUUUGCCGGAUAGAGAAAGAGAAGAAGAAGAAAAUAGAUUAAGAGAAGAACUGCGACAAGAAUGGGCGCAAAAACAAAAUGCGUUAAAGGAAGAAGAAAUAGAAAUAACUUUCAGUUAUUGGGAUGGAUCUGGUCAUAGACGUAGUGUCAUUAUGAAGAAAGGUAACUCGAUUUAUCAAUUACUUCAAAGAUGUCUGGAAGUUUUAAGGCGAGAAUUUAGUGAACUUAAAACUGUAAUGGCAGAUCAAUUGAUGUACGUUAAAGAGGAUCUUAUCUUACCGCAUCAUUAUACUUUUUACGACUUUAUUGUCACCAAGGCGAGAGGCAAGAGUGGACCACUUUUUACAUUUGACGUUCACGAUGAUAUCAGAGUUAUGCAUGAUGCAUCUGUUGAAACUGAAGAAUCACAUGCUGGCAAAGUUUUGUUAAGGUCAUGGUACGAAAGAAAUAAACAUAUAUUUCCUGCCAGCAGAUGGGAACCUUUCGAUCCCACCAAAAGUUAUGACAAAUACACGGUUUCGGAUAAAAACAAAAAGAAAGACUUAAUAAAAUAAUGUAUUUAAAAUUACAUAUAGAAGAAAUUUAAAUUAAGGAAAUAUUAUAUAUAUAACACAUUACCGAUCAGUGUGGAAUUGUACAUAUUUGUGUUUGAUUAUAUUUCAUUGAUGAUAGAGAAUAUAUAGUCUGAUAAAAUCCACGUGGUUGACAAUGUGUUAAUGAAUUAUAAAUUCGGUAGAAUCCUGUAAAACGUGAAUCAUACAUUGUCGUCUGACAAUCUCUCACGAUUUAUUUCUGAAAAAGUGAAUUUAUAAGCAAUUAAUCACGUUUUAUAAGAUUCUUGUUAUGUAGUUAUCUUUAUUACUAUAUACUUGAGAAAGAGAGAGGCACGUGAUUCAUUUUAAAUUUAUCUAAAUUAGAUAGUUGCGAAGUAUUCAAAUAUAAUAUGAAUGUAUUGUCAUAAUGAUGAAUUAAUUGAGCCAUUCACAGGCCCAAGCGAUUCAUUCCAUAAAACCAAAAGUAGAGAAAAUCGAUAAAGUUUUAUACAAUGUUUAACAUAUAAGAUUUUGUUGUUUAAUUUUGUUAAGCUCAUUAUUACAUAUAAAAAAUUUAGCAUCAUUGAUGCGCUUUGGUACUAUUAUUUGAAAAAAAUCUAAACGUGGAAGUAAUCUUUGUUGCCUGUAAACGGCUGGAUCAUAAAUUUGUAAGAUAAAAUAUUAUCUAUUUAACUUCAAAUCCAACUUUUAAUUUUUCUAUAAAUAGCAGAAAAUACAAGAUAUUCAUUUUAUAUAA